AUGGCUUCCACUCGCUCUCUCGGUCUCCACGAACCCUCUGCCGUCUCCUACUUGGUCACAGAAGGGAUUUUACCUCCUGACCCCUCAGACGACCUGUACCAAUGGACGACACUUGUCGAUGAGAGCGGAUUGACGGGCACUGUUGAUGACGAGCUGGUAUGGACCAAACAUUGCGCGGUAUGGUCCCGCGCAGGGAUGGUGAAGAGAGUCUUUCGAAUGGACCCAGAGAAAGAGGAUAUUCGACAUGCUUUGUUCACGCAAUUUACGACAAGUCAUGCCCAAAGAUCUGCAGGUAGCGCGGGGUUGAAUCGAUUCCACACAACCGGCAUGGGAACAAAUACGCGAGGUGCACAAUCGAAGCGGAAUGGGAAGGAUUCAACCACUGGCAACAUAGGGUCAACAUUGGAUCUUCAUGGAGAAUCUCAUGCAGCUGUGAUUGCUCCCCAGCAGCCCCACAAGAAACUGGAGAGAGCUUUGGUCGUGGUCCUCAAGUCGCAGGCCCAUAUCUUCUUCAUUACGGGAAAUAGCCACACCGUUCCUCUUCCAUUUGAGGUUGAGUCUGUUUUUGCAACUCCUCGUGGGCUCUUGUUUCAAAGGAAAAUACCAGAUGAUGCGGGGCACCAACACCAAAUGGCACCACCGAAUUCUUUCAUGACCACUUCACUAUUCGAUCCUGGUGCGUCACAAUCAGGCACACUGCCCACUCCCACCAAGGACAAAGGACCUAUUUUGAAACUGUCGUUGCCAACGAGUUCUACAUCGUUGUCAAACUCCAAUUCGAGCACCGACCUUCCCCGGGUUUUCUCUCUCAUUGAUCCUCAUUCGGAGAUGGGCCUAGUUGUCACUUCGCAAUCCUCUCGCUGGUUACAAAGCAGCAUCAGCAGUGCCAAGAAAAGACCUUCGGGGCUUGAUGUACUAGACCCGGCUGAUGAAAUUGUGUAUAUUUCCCCAAAGGACGAGCUCUCGGGUUUGAAUCAAGUUCCGGCAAAUCCUCUGAUUUUGGUGGUCACAGUGAACGCAACUACCGGGCUCUACACGAUUUGGACUGCUCGGUAUAGAGAUGAUGAAAGCAGUGCUUCAAUAAAGGACAAGACUCGACGGCAGACUGAAGGGGCUCGGUCCAACAGACGAAGCUCACAUUUUGGUAUGACGCCUGGCGCCGCGACACCAGCUGCUCGUCCCAGAGAAAGCUUCGGUCCAUGGAGUGAGAACUGGAAUUCAUCACAACCAGCUGACUCUAAAAAUGGUGGCGAAGAAGAUCUGGCCGCACGAGUUGCACAGGACUUCGGUGAUGUUGGGGUGCCUCUGAAAACUUCAAGGAGAGUCAGCUCAUUGCUUGCACGGACUGACCUGGCCACUAGUCAGGACCGCAUCACAUUCUCAGACCUUGCAACAGGCAGUCAGACCAGCACCAUGCACCAUGGCGGGCCCAGGCAAUCAAUGGGGACCGGUAGCAUGCGUGGAAGCUUUGGGUUCAAUCCUCGUGGAUCACUACCUCCAGCAGCAGGGUCUGUCUACAGCACUGCAGGCAGCUUUGUAGACGCUCCGGUGGAUAGACUACUUGAAGAACUCAACAAUGAUAUACUGUCCGAAGGGUUCGAGAAUAUCGCUCUCCGUGAAUCUGCAUCAGGUCUACCCGAGGAGCUUUUACUCACUAAGAUAGAGAGUUUCUCUUCUAGAUUCUCCGGAAACUUCCAUGCUUCAACGCAGCAAGACACGCCACGUCGCUUAAAAGUCUGCACGCUUUCCUCUUCCGACUACGGGAAUACACAAAACGGAAAUGCUACAUCAGUGGCGGUUUGCAUUGUGGACCAGGAUUCACAAAACAUGACCGUUGUCAAUUUACGGGCAGAACGUGUGGCAGUAUCAAAAAAUCGAAAGGUUGUCCCUGCGAGCUCCAAGAAAGCUAAGCACUCCGAAAGGCGUCCAUUGCUGGUUCAUGCAACCGGUAUCCAGCAUGCUCCCAAUGUCGGAGAUGUCUGCAGAGUAACGGACGGUGAUAUCUCUCGAAUUCUUACGCUGACCGUGUCCGACAAUGGACAGCGGGAAUUGUCUCUACAGACCCUCUGGGGUAGCCCAACCAGAAUCGAUGUUCCGGUUCCAUUGCAGCUUUAUGAGCCCCAUGGAAUCUCUGCGAGCAAAUUUGUGAGUCGUUCAAGGGAGAGCGGCAUGAACCGGGUCAUGGCCGACCCUAACCUCGUGUUCCUGGGAUUCGAUCAUGCUUGCUCGAAAGGAAAGGUUGAUUUGGUCGAUACAGAGAAACGACGGCACAGAAUCCAGAUCCGAAUGGAACCCCAUAACGAUCUUGUGAGAAAGGUUCUACAGGUCUGCAAGUUCGUUCUUCGUGACUCAGAGAAAGCAGGUGAUGGGAUGUUGGUGGCCUGGUGGGAGGUCAUGAAGUGGCUUCGAGGCAGAGAAGACAUUCAAAAUGACCUUGAGUGGACUGCCAUGGUCGUCGUUUUGUUUUCCUUGGCUGUGCCGUUCAUAAAACAGCCACAGGCGCAAACUCCUGCCAAGCGAACACGUCGAAAGAAAGGUCUUCUCCGUUCAAGUAGCGGAACUUAUGUGGAUCUCGAAUGCUGGGAAUCUAUGCUUGAUCUUGAAUCGGCUUCUUCUGGUGUUGUUGCACCGUGGAUGACGAAUAGUUCUUGGGGAUGGAUCGUCGAGCAAGAUGCCAUUGAAGAUAUGGCCGGCCGAGAUGCAGCACGCACUCCCAAGAAUGAACAGCCCAAUACAAGUCGCUCAACUUACCGUCAAAAUUCAUAUCUCAGCAGAUGUGCCUCGCUCAGUCGCGACUUCCUGCAAAGCCCACAAGGAAUCAGGGCGUCCGGCCGAGAUGGUUAUUUACCUAUCGCCGGCGUCUUUCCUGAGAAUACCAGGUGUACUGCACUCGGAACCAUACUGGUUGGUCUGCAUCUGCUUAGAGAGGAACAGAAACUUUCUACCUGCGACACGGAAGAAUCUCAACGUCCUCUUGGGCUCCUUGCCCCAGUCUUAGCGCAGCUUGGUGGCUGGUUGGGUUGGCAAUCUUGGAAAUGGACCGAGGAUGCCUACUUUGGCACUGAGAUGGCCAGCAUCGAGCGCUGGAAAUUUGAAGACAGUCGAAUUUCCUCGCUGAAUGUUCCCGCGGAGCCAUUUUCUCCCCCGUCAAUAUUUGCAUUCCUCAUUGACGCGGCACGUUCUUCCGUCACUCCGUUUCUCACUCUACUUGAUAUUGUAACGGCAUCGGAUCGAGUACCUAGAAAGGGGCGGAUGUGGCGAGAAUGCUUCAAUAUUACCCCUAGGACAUUGGCCUUGACAGGCUUCCUCUCUGACGUUCACAAUGUUUCCACACCUUUGGAAAAGAUUAAGCUCUUACAUCGAUGGGGCUUGACAAAAAGCAUAAUUGACACAUUCCCCGAAGGUGUGAGUGCGCCAUUGUAUGAAGCUGUCAUUCAAUGCCAGGUUGAAGCAUCGACAUCAUGGAGUGCAAGUCUUCUAGAACUGAUUGACCGGGAGGAUCUUUACAUGUCGAUGAAUCCCGUUCAUGCUCAAGCGUUUGCGGUCCCUCAACACUCUGUGGUUUCUCAUGAUGCUGUACGAGACUACCAUUAUAUCAACACUUCGGCUUUGGAAAUUGAUACCAUCAACGCCUUCGAGGCCUCUGCGGAGGCGGAUCGCUUCUCGGUAACUCGCCUGGUCUUCCGGGAAGACAAGCGCUUCUUAGAAGCAGCCCGCCUAUUGAAUCAGUCUAAAGCGCCAGUGGCUGACUGUGUUCCCGAGCCCGACUGGACGGAUUCUGAUCUCCUAGAGGCACAGAAAGAAUUGGUGCAACUCGUCUCAUUCCGCACACUGUCAACUCCUGCAGGUCGGGCCAUGCUCGCCUUCAGUGGUCGAUUACCUUUGUUAACAGAGAAGCUACCGAUCCCUUCAUUCUCGCUUCAGUGCGUGAUGAAGCCAUCAAAUGUCACUGUUAGUGCCGAAAGAACCGCGUUCACGGAGGAAAAAGUAUGCUGGGCUUUCUUCCACAACGGUGUGUCAACGGGCCUUGCAAUCUCCAAGGCCUCCAAGGGCAUCGAUACUUCAUGGAUCUUGUUCAACAAACCCCAAGACCUAACGAACCGCCACGCUGGAUUCUUACUAGCUCUCGGUUUGAAUGGUCAUCUCAAGUCCUUAGCCAAGUGGGUUGCCUUCAAGUACCUGACUCCCAAACAUACCAUGACAUCCAUUGGCCUUCUGCUCGGUCUCUCCGCGUCAUACUUGGGCACUAUGGAUACACUGAUCACCCGACUACUGUCGGUCCAUGUUACGAGGAUGCUGCCUAUUGGAGCGGCAGAGCUCAAUCUAUCGCCUCUUACCCAAACUGCCGGUAUCAUGGGCAUUGGCCUGCUUUAUUGUGGCUCUCAGCACCGGCGCAUGAGUGAAGUUAUGCUGUCGGAAAUCGAGAAUGUUGAACAAGACGAACAAGCCGCGUCCCACGAAGAUUUGCGGGAUGAAGGCUACCGACUGGCUGCUGGAUUUGCACUAGGUCUUAUCAAUCUGGGCAAAGGUAAAGACUUGAGGGGAAUGCGCGAUAUGCACAUAGUUGAGCGCCUGCUCGCCAUCGCCGUGGGGACUAAAAAUGUCGAUCUCGCACAUGUGCUGGAUCGAGCUACCGCGGGCGCGACAGUCGCGUUGGCUGUCAUUUUCAUGAAAACCAAUGAUGCAAUUUUGGCCAAGAAGAUUGACAUACCCGACACCACUGUGCGGUUUGACUAUGUCCGACCAGAUCUCUUCCUCUUGAGGACACUGGCACGGCAUCUCAUCAUGUGGGACAGCAUCAAGCCCAAUGUUGAAUGGAUCAAGGAGAGCCUGCCAAAGGUAUACCGAAAGCGGUCUCGUCUUAUUGCCGUGGGCCAUCUUCGAAGUGAGGACAUGCCCUUCUUCAACAUCAUUGCUGGUCUCUGCCUAGCGCUCGGCCUUCGCUAUGCUGGCUCCGGUGAUAUCCAAGCAAGAGAUUUGCUGUUGUAUUACCUCGAUCAGUUCAUCCGAAUCUCGCGGCUUCCAGCAAUGAGCUACGACUCUAAGCUUGCGCGGAAUUCCGUUCGCAACUGUCAGGAUGCAGUAUCACUCUCUACUGCAGCCGUCAUGGCCGGGACGGGUGACUUGGCUUUGUUCCGGCGCCUGCGUUCUCUUCAUGGGAGAAUAGAUGCCGAUACCCCAUAUGGCAGUCACAUGGCAGCUCAUAUGGCAAUAGGGACCUUGUUCCUUGGUGGAGGGAGCUACACGCUGGGCACCUCAGAUCUAGCUGUGGCCUCGCUCCUCUGCUCCUUCUAUCCGGUCUUUCCAACCACCGUCCUUGACAACAAAUGCCACCUUCAAGCGUUCCGCCACCUCUGGGUACUCGCCGCAGAGCCACGAUGCCUCAUUCCCCGCGAUCUCGACACCCGACGCCCGAUCUCCAUUCCUAUCACUAUCACAUCGCACUCCGGCGCCAUCAACACCACCAACGCUCCGUGUAUCAUACCGGACCCCAGUGAGAUUACACGUAUCGAGAUUCGUGGCCCAGAUCACUGGCCCCUUGUACUAGAUUUCAGCCAGGAUGAUGCUCUUCGAGAUAAAUUCCGCCACGGUGAUCCCUCUAUUUACCUGCGCCGUAAAGCUACAUACUCCUCCGAUGCUUCAACCUCGGUAUUUGCCUCUACCCUCACGGCUUUAAGUGAAGCCCAAGAUAUUCUCCCUGGAUCUGCAGUUGGAGCCGCUCCUAGCGCAGGCAAAGGCCUACCACCCUCUAUCUUGCGCAACCGCAAUGCACUGCUUUCUGAGUUCAUGACAGGGUCUACGACACCUUCGCAAAGCCCGUGGGAUUGGGUUUUCCACCUCCCCUCCCUCCAAGGUCUUGAUAUCCGUGAACGCUCGCUUGUGCUCCCCUCUUCAUUUCCAACACCAUCUCCUCGCAUCUCCACCCAGCUGGUUACCUCUCCUCCUUGGCUGCGCACUUCUGCCGUCGACGCCCGUCUUGCCUUAUCUCGCACUGUGCAUAAUAUCGUACAGUCUGCUCGUGGCCGGGGUGCGGACUCCGAUGAGGUCCGUGACCGCAUCUGGCAGCUCCAGCUUCUAUUCGACUGGCUUGAUCGUUCGCACGGUGAUGAACAUGACACUGCUAGUCACCAGCAAUCGCAGUCCCAGACACCAGUCUCAGGUCUUUGGCUCAGAAAAGACUUUGUUGAAGAAGCUAGAUGGCAGGUCUGGGGAGUUCAGGUUGAGGACCAGGGCGUUAAUGCUGGCUCGUGA